AUGCACUUGCCAUCUCAGGCAGCUAGUAAUAUAAUAUCAUUGACAGGCAGGAUUUUCUCUAGGAAUGGCGAAUUCUCAGAGGCAAGUGGAGGCCAUGAGGCUUGUCCAACAGGAGAAAUUCUACCUCUCCCCAGAUUAAGGAUUUUCUCUUUUUCAGAACUGAAGGCUGCAACAAGAAAUUUUAGGAGUGACACAUUGUUGGGAGAAGGUGGCUUUGGGAAAGUUUAUAAAGGCUGGCUUUAUGAGAAAGGCAUGAUCAUUCAUGGAAGUGCUCCCGAAAUUGCAGUUAAGAGGUUAAACGCUGAGAGCUUGCAAGGAUUUCAAGAGUGGCAGUCUGAGAUAAAUUUCCUCGGAAGGCUUUCUCAUGCAAAUCUGGUUAAGCUGUUUGGAUACUGUUGGGAGGAUAAAGAGCUAUUACUUAUCUAUGAAUUUAUGCAAAAAGGCAGCUUAGAUUCCCACCUUUUCGGAAGUGGUUCUUCUCUUCUGCCUCUUCCGUGGGACGUAAGGCUUAAAGUUUUAAUUGGCGCAGCUCGAGGACUUGCAUUCUUGCAUGCAUCAGACAAAAAAGUUAUAUAUAGAGACUUCAAGACGUCAAACAUAUUGCUCGACGGGUCAUACAAUGCAAAGAUAUCAGAUUUUGGCCUCGCAAAAAUAGGUCCUACCCCUAGUAAAUCUCAUGUGAGUACACGGGUUUUCGGGACAGAAGGUUAUGCUGCUCCUGAGUAUGUUGCCACAGGGCACUUGUACGUGAAGAGUGAUGUCUAUGGUUUUGGUGUCGUUAUGUUGGAAAUGCUUACGGGGUUGAGGGUAAUUGACCCAAAUCGUCCAGAUGGUCAGCAAAAUCUGAUUGAAUGGGUGAAUCCACAUUUAUCUGACAGAAGGAAGUUGAAGAACAUAAUGGAUUCUCGUCUUGGAGGAAAAUAUCCUUCCAGAUAUGCAUUAGAAAUAGCUCAGCUUGCAUUAGUAUGUCUUGAAAAUGAACCAAAAGACCGACCAUCAAUGCAAGAAGUUGUUGAGACCUUGGAACGGAUUGAUUCUGUCAAUCACAAACAUGGAGAGGAUGUAAUAAAUUCUGGAUAUCCCACAGCUUCUCAAGACCAGAAAGUCUUGCAAUAUCAUUCUCCACUUCAUCCAAAGCAAAACAUGAAGUUAGCCUACCCACUGCCAAAGCCCUCAAGUUUUAGUUAG